UUUCUCCAAAUGUUUUGCUGGCAGAAGGACUCCAUGAAAGAUGACAGAAGAAGUCAUUGUUAUAGCCAAGUGGGACUACACUGCCCAGCAGGACCAAGAGCUUGACAUCAAAAAGAACGAGCGCCUGUGGCUGUUGGAUGACUCCAAGACGUGGUGGCGGGUGAGGAACGCAGCCAACAGAACGGGGUACGUGCCGUCCAACUACGUGGAGCGCAAGAACAGCUUGAAGAAGGGCUCCCUGGUGAAGAACCUCAAGGACACGCUAGGCCUCGGCAAGACCCGCAGGAAGCCGAGCGCCAGGGAUGCAUCGCCGACGCCCAGCACGGACGCCGAAUACCCCUCCAAUGGCAGUGGCGCUGACCGCAUCUAUGACCUCAACAUCCCCGCCUUUGUCAAGUUCGCCUACGUGGCCGAGAGGGAGGACGAGCUGUCCCUGGUCAAGGGCUCGCGCGUCACGGUCAUGGAGAAAUGCAGUGACGGCUGGUGGCUGGGCAGCUUCAACGGGCAGAUCGGCUGGUUCCCCUCCAACUCUGUGCUGGAGGAGGCGGACGAGGCUGCCGCCGAGUCCCCGAGCUUCCUGAGCCUCCGGAAGGGCGCCUCCCUGAGCAACGGCCAGGGUGCCCGGGUGCUGCACGUGGUGCAGACGCUGUACCCCUUCAGCUCCGUCACCGAGGAGGAGCUCAACUUUGACAAAGGAGAGACCAUGGAGGUGAUCGAGAAGCCCGAGAACGACCCAGAGUGGUGGAAAUGCAAAAACGCCCGGGGUCAGGUCGGCCUGGUCCCCAAAAACUACGUGGUGGUCCUCAAUGACGGGCCAGCCCUGCACCCUUCGCACGCCCCGAAGAUCAGCUACACCGGGCCCUCGUCCAGCGGGCGCUUCGCAGGCCGGGAAUGGUACUACGGCAACGUGACGCGGCACCAGGCUGAGUGCGCCCUCAACGAGCGGGGCGUGGAGGGCGACUUCCUCAUUAGAGACAGCGAGUCCUCGCCCAGUGACUUCUCCGUGUCUCUCAAAGCGUCAGGGAAGAACAAGCAUUUCAAGGUGCAGCUCGUGGACAAUGUCUACUGCAUCGGGCAGCGGCGAUUCCACAGCAUGGACGAGCUGGUGGAGCACUACAAGAAGGCGCCCAUCUUCACCAGCGAGCACGGGGAGAAGCUCUACCUCGUCAGGGCCCUGCAGUGACGCGGCGGCCUCCCAGGCCCCAGCUCCAGGGCCGCGCUUCCCCCUCGCCUCCCUCCGGAGCCCUGUGGUCGCCCACCCGGCCGUCCUGCCGCAGCUCCGCGUGCCAGGCACUCGUCCCGAUCGGCCUCCUUAGCCCCUUCCCCUGCGCCACCCCAGGCCACCCCAGGCCCUCUCGGCCACGCCCGGCCCACAGCCUCCUGGCCCGCUGCAGAGGACGGGGCAGAAGGGGCGUGUCUGUCCACCUCACUCCUUUGCAGCUGGAAACAGCCGCGGUCCGUUCAAAUCGGUCACACUCAGAACUCCCCACUCAACGACAUCGGGUGCAGUUGGGGGGCAUCAGGCUGCGCUCAGUGUGUGAGUGAACCACAGCACACUCGGGAUGAAAUGGCCUGAGCUCUGGCUCCCUGGGCACAGGUGGCAGCGGCCCUCCUUCAGGGUCCUGGCUCCAGGCUGUGCAGGGAGCAGUUGCAUUUGAGGAUAGCAAUACUGGAACGCCGGGUUGGUGGGGUGAGGAAACUGCCCAGUGCCUUCGAGGCUGUGCUUGCAAUAAAGAGAAUUUCCGUGAGAGUCAGUCUACAGAAGAGGGAACCCGUGAUGCAGAAAGACAUGUUUUGGUAAAUGACCCCCAGAUGUGCCAUCCGCAUAGUGCUUUUUCCUCUCGCCCUUUGGCUUGUUUGAAUUUCACAAUUAUGUAUUUAAUUCUCAAAGUAAUAUGUAUCUGUAGCCGUUUGUUGACACUAAUAACAGAUGAUUAAGGAAAACAGCUGAUCUUUGGGGAAGGGGAGAUACGAAUACUUUAUACACACUCACUAUAUAUAUAUAUAUAUAAUACAUGUAUAUUAUAUAUAUAUAAUUUGCUUUACAGGGAAAUUUUUCAGGGUUUACAAAAGAAUAUGUGAUUGGUAGUAAAAGACACAGAAUGUUUAUGAAAAAAUUGCAUUUUCUUUUUUCUUUACAUUUGAACUUCUUUAUAGUUGAAAUAUACAGUCUUGAGAUGGCACAUUCCUACAAUUGAAGAAGGGGUCUUGAGAUCCCCUAAACUUGCAUACCCAGUUUUUUGGAUAUUGUAAUAAAAAAGAAGUAUUAUGACAA